AUGUCCGGAGUUCAAACCACUGGAAGACCAGUGAUAUGCACUACUCAUGAGCGAAACGCGAGUCCAGUACUUCCUUACCCUCUGUGGUAUGGACUCACCAGAAUAAUUGCACCAAGACAGAUGGACAACUAUUCAAACUACAGUGAUGUGACCAAGAAUGUUCAGCUCUCACAGCAACUGGAUGUGCUGCACCAGGCCGCCUCAUGUUUCAGUCACUGCGAUAUUCGAGAUAUCGCAAUACAUGUAUAUCUUUGUAAUGUUGCUGAAAAUCCGUCGACAGCCAACGACCGGUUUCGCUUUUUUGGGGCUCAUCAGUUAGGCGCAGUCCCCGGGUCUCCGAGGGAUGAUGCAGAAUCGCUGGGAGAAAUUUCUGACCGAAUUCGACUACUAAAAAUCCGUACACGGGGGAUCUUUGAAAGUGGAGAGUUUGUUGGAAACAAAUGCUGGAAGUCAACGCUGUUGCAUGAAAUUUAUGAGACCUGUGACGGUCGUUCGACCAAACUACCUGACUGUGACGCGCGUGGAUACACUUGGAACUCAGUGCAAAACCAACCCGUUUGGGAAGGCUCGGACAGGAAUUAUUCUCAAGGCCAGCUCGGUGGUUCACUGUUAUCAAGGAAUCAUACGGGUUCAACUAACCUCGCAUGUCGGGAUGACCGUUUGCCAUCCUCUAUUAGACUGAACUCUUGUUCAAGCCAGAAUGACGGGCUGAGUGACCUGCAAAGGUUACAGAACAAAAGGGCAUUUGGUGCGGAUCCAGUAAACUAUCCGAAUGCACCAGAUAACACCUACAAACAUAUAGGCGUUUUGCCUGGUCAGAACUGUGAGAAUUUCUCGUGUCUGCAGACGCCGCCCCCUCAGUACUCGGAACUCGGUCUACCGGAUGCGCAGUACUUAAAUCCAAAUGUUCCACUGGUACAUGGGUCGAAUUACCCUUCUGCACCCAGCGGAUUGGGAUACACCGUUCAUGACCUUGAACAGUGUUCUAGCGAGCUAUUUGGGGAAAACAUGUCCUCCGGGAUCUCCUCGAACUGCAUUGCGGUACCGUUCGAUGACAGCUAUUCAUCUUGCUCUUUGGAUUCGUUACUGGCAAUUCCACAAUCGGAGCUAAAUGACACAUUGCAAAACGAGAAAUUGCUUUGCCCCUCGGAAUCGAAGCGCAAAACUUCCCUGCGAACCAGAAGGAGCGAACAAUCUCUCGGCUUGUUGUAUGAUCCAAGUACUAUGAGUUCAAAGCAUUUCUGGGAAGCGCACAAACAGUAUACGACUGCUCCUCGAGAUCGACUUCAAACUGACUUCUUUGAACUCAUCCGUCGUUCGUCCAGAAGCCAUGGAGAUCGUAUUCAACCUAAACGAAGGGCAGCCUUCUCGAAACUCGCCGGGCUUGCAAACGCACUGCUAUUUCGUCAGCGUGCACGCAUUUGGGAAAUACCAGAGUGGAGGGAUCACAAUGAGAACAAUUUGCUGGAGGUCGCUGUACACGAGCGUAAUGCCGAUGCGGUUGCUUUGUUACUGCAAGAAGGCUUCUUCGGACUUGAUGCCUCUUCGUGUGAACCGCCACUUCUCGUUCAAAUCGCUCUAGAGACCGCGGGCAGUGUAGUUGAUAUCAACUGGGACAAUAUUACUGAAGCUACACAAGUAACCAAUGCAAAACGAGCCGACAGUGGUGGAAAUGUGAACAAAUCCUCUUGUGAACAAGAAAUUCUAUUGCAUUUUUUGCAUCAUCUGAAAGAGUUGCGAGGCAGACCAAAGCAUUUCCAACUGUUGAAUGGAAUCAGUGGGUCGGAUGCAACGAAAAACCGACCCAUAGUGCACCAAUUGCUGGAUAUGCACAGCUUCGAAAACGACUUAUCUUGGUCCAUGCAUCAACUGACCAAAGCAGGAGCGGAUUUGUUUAGCAAAGUGCAAAAUUCUGAUGGGCAAUACGUAGAUUGCUUUCAACGAGCAGCCUAUAGAGAGGACGCCAACCAACUACUGACCCUGUUGCUACAUGGAACCCUUUACUCUGUCAAGGUGGAAAAAUGCGUUUGGAGUUCGGAGAAGUUUUUCCAAGGUCGAUAUUCGUUGGCGCAACUACGUCGGGCUUUGAGUUCAGGUCAUCUUCGAUUGGACAACAGACAUCGAAUGGCCUGUCUGGACCUUAUCAACACCAUUAUGGAAAUCGAAGAAUCGGAGGCAGUUGAUCCCUCCUUCUUAGGAAUCCACAGCACGGCGUGUUAGUAACAACUAGUAUUCGGACGUUAAUAAAUGAAUCGUUUGUCACGUGACCAACUGAGCGAAAUCGAC